ACCGGAUCGUAUCCGGAACUCCGAAUUCUUCUUCUUGCCCGUUCGGUUACUUCUCAUUCCCAAUUCUCAAUAUUGUCCUUUUUGUCAUUCCUCGCACUCCUCAAUCUUCUCCGUUGUCAAUCUCUCUUUUGCUUGUGUCUUUUCACCAGAUCAGGAUGUCUGAAGCCCCCUUUAGGCCAAGAGAAGUCCUCUUCGAUAGGCAAAAGUUAUUUCAGAGCAUUCACAAACAUACAUAUCUGAAAGGUCCAUACGAUAAGAUCACCUCAGUUGCAAUUCCUCUGGCUUUGGCUGGUAGUUCACUAUUUCUAAUUGGGAGAGGGAUCUAUAACAUGUCUCAUGGGAUUGGAAAGAAGGAAUAAGAAGAUGGAUUCCAUUGAACGAGUGUCCAAGUGGGAACUCAACCUUUCAGCACGUUUUUUAAGGAUUUGUUUUUGUUCUUUACAUAUCCUCUUUUUCUAGGCGAAUAAUGAUGAAUUGCAAACUAUGUCUGUUCUGUCAUCGAUGACAUGAAUCGAUACUUUUUUGUUUUCCUGGAAGUACAGCUGAAAUAUGUUACGAUUUCUUCUUCUUCUUAGAGUUGGAGAACAACGAAUUUGUGGAUGGAUUAGAUUUCGUCAAGCAAUAAGAUUUCCACUUGUACCAGAUUAUGAUUAA